CCUAAACGCGUAACGUAGGUUACAAGGGGCAGUUUCCGAGCGUAAAGCUCAUACUUAUCUGAAUAGUUUGUUCGAAGGAGCUUCGAUUUAGUAGUGAUAUGUUGUUGGCAAGCAAAGGAAAGCUUUGGUUGAGUGACCACUUAGACCACAGUGCUUGCAUAUGACAGUAUUCAAUGGCGAUGCUUUUUUCGCUUCUAGCCUUCUCUUUUUGCCCUUCUCUUUAGCAAUUGCUUUGUUUCGUAGCUGUCUUUUCCGAACUUUCGCUUCUUGGCUAGAAAAGCGUAUGAACAGAAUAUCACUCUUCAGCUAUCUGCUACCAUUAUAUUCUGGACACAAGUAUGAGCCCUUAUGGGCAUGUCCUUCCUGUCCGCAAUCAAAACGUGUUUCUAGAAAUCAAUG